AUGGAAGUCCCUACGGAGCUAUGGCGGGAGUUCUGCGCCGCUCAUUACCUCCUCACAAACCUCUCCCCGGUCGAACAAAGAUUUGACCUCAGAAGGAGCUUCCUAGAAGCAUAUUUCGGUUCUGCAAACUUUGACAUCUCAGCCACUCUGGAGAACGCUAAUACAGCCUACAAUCUACACUCGACAAUCGUAUACUUCAUCAGUGACCUCACCAAGAAGAUAACAUCGGAACUGGGCCGGCUGUGCGAGGUGCCGCUCGGGAAUGAGCUGUGGAAAGGCGCCCGGGGCCGGGACGGCGCUGAAUGUCCUACGGAGUACGACUUCUCCAAAACAGAGUACAUUAGGCUAUAUCGUGCCUUUCUGAGGUUUGAAAUAUAUUCGCAACUCUUCAAACCUCGCGGACGUGCGCAACCAUUAGAAUGGGCACUGGGAACCAACCAAUUCAAUGGCUUCCUAUCAUACUUUCAGCCUUGGGAAGUAGAAGAAAUAACAUGUGUUCAUCAGUACUUUGCCGAUUUUAUUGAGGAUACUCUGGACAAUAUGGAAGACGCCUUCGAAGCAAAGGUCGACCAAUUGAUCGAGGUGGGAGCCGCCACUCCAGGCGAUGCGGCAGCUCAAGACAUCUUUUCCUCUACAAUGGGCCUCGGCCCGCUCCGCCUAUAUUCGUUCACGCACAGACGACUUUUCUCGAACUCAUACGUUAGCUCAAUCGUCGCUAAUGGGCUCAUGUACAUGCUGUCAUUCGCUCGAGGCGACACGCGGGAUCGAUGCAUCGCUAUCCGGAAAAGCUCCUUCCUCGUCUUUGGCUUUCUCUUGACGACACUAGACCGCGUUGAGAAAAUACCUAUGCAAGUACCUCCAUCCAAAUGUCUCUGUUCUCCAGCCUCCCAUGCUGGGUUUGAAUGUCCCAUGGUACCAAAUCAGGGCUACCGCCGUCGUGAAUGGAGCUCCGACUACUACAUGGGUGUGGAAAACAAGUGGCAUAUUCCUCAUCGAACUCUUGGUGCCUGUUUUGCGCACGGCACGCCCGUGACGCUCGAAUCGCGAUCGACAGUCGAGAUUCAGGACCUGCGCGCGGGCAGCGUGGUGCAGACGCUCGCGGGCCCGCGGCUCGUCGUGGGUGUGCUGCGGAUGCAGGUCGAAAACGAGGUGAUGUGCCGGCUCGGGGCGGCGCUGCUCGUGACGGCGUGGCACCCCGUCUCCUUUGACGGCGUCGCGUGGUACUUUCCGGUGCACCUCACCGUCGACCCCAUCAUGUACACGGGCGACGUCUACUCGGUCCUGCUCGAGGCCGACGGCAGCCCCUUUGCGCACACGGUCCAGGUUGCGGGCGGCCUCUGGGGCGCGAGCCUGGGCCACGGCAUCGUCGCCGGCGCCGGGGAGGACGUGCGCGCCCACCCCUUCUUCGGGGACUAUGUGCUGGUCUGCGAGAAGAUGGCAGUGCUGCGCCCGGUCGCCGGCGCGUACCAGUGCUACGGCGUGACGAGAGACCAGCGGACGGGCCUCGUCAACGGGUUCAGGCCGUCCAAGGCCAGGGUGAAUGGGGGCGGCGCCGGUGGGUAG